AUGCCAGUGCUCAGCAUUGAUGCUGAGUCAGAUACUGAUAUCCCAAAAUCCCUUUGUGAUGAGCUUCCCUUAGAAAUCAUGGAGGAAUUAGAACACACAUGUCCUCAUCCUCGGUCGACUAUAAUUGCACCUGCCCCAUUUGCAGAAGAAACGACUUAUGAGUGUAAGGCUCCACACGAGAAAUUAACCAUUGCUCAGGCCUGUAUUGGAACACCGGUUGAUCGACCUGUCAGGGUAUAUGCAGAUGGGAUAUUUGAUCUUUUCCACUCGGGUCAUGCAAGAGCCCUUAUGCAAGCCAAAAACCUGUUUCCUAACAGCUACCUGCUUGUUGGAGUUUGCAGUGAUGAACUGACCCACAAAUACAAAGGCUUUACUGUGAUGAAUGAGACUGAGCGUUAUGAGGCUUUGCGUCACUGUCGUUAUGUGGAUGAGAUUAUCACAGAUGCUCCAUGGACCCUAACUCCAGAGUUCCUGGAGAAGCAUAAGAUAGAUUUUGUUGCACAUGAUGACUUCCCGUACUCUUCUGCAGGUUCAGAUGAUGUGUACAAGCAUAUAAAGGAAGCUGGCAUGUUUGUGCCAACACAAAGGACAGAAGGCAUCUCCACAUCUGACAUAAUCACUAGAAUUGUGCGUGAUUAUGAUGUUUAUGCAAGGCGCAACUUACAAAGAGGCUACACUGCAAAAGAGCUAAAUGUUAGUUUUAUAAAUGAGAAAAAAUACAGAUUUCAGAAUCAAGUUGACAAAAUGAAAGAAAAAGUAAAAAAUGUGGAAGAAAAAUCAAAGGAAUUUGUUUAUAAAGUAGAGGAAAAGAGCCACGACCUUAUUCAGAAGUGGGAAGAGAAGUCACGAGAGUUUAUUGGAAACUUCUUAGAGUUAUUUGGACCUGAUGGAGCCUGGAAGCAGAUGUUCCAGGAGCGCAGUGGAAGGAUGCUACAAAGCCUGUCUCCAAGAGAUAGUCCCACUGGCAGUCCUACAAGGGAGCGCUCGCCCUCACGCUCUCCAUCUCCCACAUUAUCAUGGAUGCAUAACAAGUCAUCACCUCCUUCUCCAAAAGGAGCUUCAGCCUCCAUUAGCAGCAUGAGCGAGGGAGAUGAGGAUGAGAAGUAACCUACAGGAACUUUAAUA